GGAGAGACUCGAGAGACUGGAGAGACUCGAAAAACUGGAGAGACUCGAGAAACUGGAGAGACUUGAGAAACUGGAGAGACUGGUGAAACUGGAGAGACUGGUGAAACUGGAGAGACUGGUGAAACUGGAGAGACUCGAGAAACUGGAGAGACUCGAGAAACUGGAGAGACUCGAGAAACUGGAAAGACUCGAGAAACUGGGAAGACUGGCGAAACUGGAGAGACUGGCGAAACUGGAGAGACUGGUGAAACUGGAGAGACUCGAGAAACUGGAGAGACUGGUGAAACUGGAGAGACUCGAGAAACUGGAAAGACUCGAGAAACUGGAAAGACUUGA